CGCGGCGCCGGCCGGGGCAUGAGGCUGCGCAUGGAGCCGGAGGCGGCCGUGCCGGGAAACCUCUCCCGCGGCGGCGGCGGCGGCAACGAGAGCGGCGGGGCGGCGGCGGCGGCGGCGGCGGCGGCGGCGGUGGGGUGGUCGGCGGCGGCGCUGGCCUCUCAGGCGCUGGCGCUGCUGCUCAUCUUCGCCCUCUCGGCGCUGGGCAACGGGGCGGUGGUGCUGGUGAUCGCCCGGCACCGGCAGCUCCGCACGGUCACCAACGCCUUCGUGCUGUCCCUGUCGCUGUCGGAGCUGCUGGGCGCCCUACUCUGCCUGCCCUUGGCCUUCCUCAGCCUGCUCAGCCGCCCGCCCGGCGCCUGGCUCUUCGGGCAGCGCCUGUGCCUGGCCAGCGCCGCCCUCCACGCCGGGCUGGGCAUCGCCGCCACCCUCACCAUGGCCCUGCUUUCCUUCGACCGCUACUGCGCCAUCGUCCGCCAGCCCCGACACAAGAUGGGCCGCCGCCGCGCCGCCCAGCUCCUGGCUGCCGUCUGGCUGGCCGCCCUGGCCCUGGCCGGGCCUUGGUAUGGGCUGGCGGGCGAGGGGCAGCGGGAAGCCCGGCCCGGGGCUUACCGCUGCGUCUACGUGCUGCCCUGGGGCUCGUCCCGGCUGGGGCCUCCCUACGGCGCGGCCCUCAUCGUGCUCUGCUACCUCCUGCCCUUCGCCCUCAUGUGCUUCUGCCAUUACAACAUCUGCCGGGCGGUGCGGCUGGCCGAGAGCCGCGUGCGGCCCCUCACCACCUACGGGCACCUGCUGCGGGCCUACGGCGAGAUGCGCACGGCCACCACCGUCCUCAUCAUGAUCGUCUCCAUCAUCUGCUGCUGGGGGCCCUACUGCAUCCUGGGGCUGGCCGCCGCGGCUGGCCGCCUGCCCUUCUCGCCCACCAUGGAUGCUGUGGCCAGCGGGAUGGCGUGGGCCAACGGCGCCAUCAACCCCCUCAUCUACGCCGCCCGCAACCCCAACAUCUCCGUGCUGCUGCGGCGGAGCCGUGAGGGCGGCUACAGGACUAGGAACAACGUGGCGGCUUACCUCUCGGUCCCCGGCCGCCAGCCGGAGCCCCGGAGCCGGGCUGACCGCGUCCGGGAGCGCUACGUCAAUCGGCACAGCGGCCCCCCGGGCAGCGCCCCGUCCUCCUCCAGCCCGGCGAGCGGGGGAGAGGUGGCCAUGUGGGCCUGCAAGAACCCCGCUGUACUCUUCUGCCGGGAUGGGCAACCGGACACCAUCUCUGAGGCUGCCUUGCAGGCCAAAGUGGACACCGUUGACACCAGCCUCUGAAGGGAAUGGGGGUCCAGGAUGUAGGCAUUUGGCCUGGGACUGUUUUCCUGAGGAAAUGUGGGGAGCCCCGGCGCUUGGAGCCCUUUGCAGCCAGACUACUGGGAAAUUGGAGAAACGGGACUCUGUGAGCCACAGUAGGGUUUCUUCUUAGUUGUGCAAGCUCUGGUUUGGCAACCCAGUGUGCGAGCAGUGAGAGCUCUGCAGGGAAAGGAAUAAGUCCCCCUUUGCUUUUAGCAGGCCUGACGGACUGGUGACAGCCACCGAGCCCAGCCAGCCCAAGAGCUGGACUGCAAGAACGAAACAGCGUUUGCUCCAGUCCUGCACAAAGUGCCACAGUGAAGCUGAGACCGACACGCAGAUACAGCCCAAACUGACUGACUGUGUGAGCUGGUUAUUAAGUGCCAAAAAAGCAGUUGAAAGCUGAGCACAGGCAGCUGGAAGACACUCUGAAAACAUGACACUGUGAAACCGCAUCAUGGUGGUUUUGUUGUUUAACCCCAUUAUAUGUGAAAGUGCUGAUAGUCAGAAAGUCAUAGACUGUAGGACAGGCUAAAAAAGCAAUCUGUUAAGAUUUUAUUUUUCUUUUUAAAGUCCCAAGCAUAACAAAACAGUAAUUGUUGUGAAAGGGAAGAUGUACGAUACUAGGAGGGAAGGAAAGGAAGAUGUUUAAACAUCAGUUGUCAGAAUUUCAGCAGCCCUUUUUUUUUUUUUUUUUUCAGAUACAGUCAGCUUAAAAUACUAUGAAUAUGAGAAAUGAGAAUUCUUCAGACAGACCGAGGAAUGGGGUGUGGGUAUAGACUAUGGUAUCACUGAGUUUGUGCACAAGGCCUGCGUUUUCUUUUUGAGUUCAUCCAAAGUGUCUCACAUCUCUAACCAUGUUUAGAGGAGCCAUGCGAGAGAGGUGAGUAUCUGAAAGGAGAGGUAAAGCAAUACCAUGUGCUCUUCGUGUGCUCUUAAGCAUGUGAAAAUGUGUAUAUGCAGAGAACAGGUAUUAUUGUACUGAUGGCAGCAGUCCAUCUGGAGUAUAAUAUUUAAAAAAGAGCUCUGUUUGCCAUUGUAACAAAAAGGAAAAUAACACAAUGGAAGUGUCAUUUCACGGCACAAAUUCAUAUGAAUUUAUCAGUAUGCAUUUUUGUCCAAAGGCCUAAAGCCUUAAACUAGUAUUUUGGAUCAGAAACCAAGAUUGGGCCUUCCUUUGUCUUUGCCAGAGUUCAAUGUGAAAGGCAGGCAGUGUUUUCCUUUGUACAGGCUUUAGAAAUACAAUGUUACUGUUUUACUGGAGUUUUCAACCGUUUGUGACCCAAGUGAACAUACUAUCAUUAUUUUGUAAGUGAGACAAG